ACUCUCUCUCUCUCUCUCUCUAGUUGGUGGUGAAGUUCCGCACGAGUAGCAAGGAACUCUCAGCUUGUCUCUAGUGACACCUCGUAACACAGGGAAAGUGAAUGGAGGAACGCAAUGGACGGAGGAAGAGAUCUUAACAGGGGCAGUGACGUGGUGGCGAUGGAUGUCCACGCCUCGGACUCUCACAUGGUGUCCUUCGGGAAGAAGAGCGGCUGCUUCGUGAGUCGCUCUGUCGUGUGGCUCUUCGCCAUCCUCUUCGUCAGCGGCCUCGUCGCCACGGGACUCCUCGUCUACUUCUUCGCUCCACAUUUCAAGACAGAGGACUCCGUCAGAUCCACAGAGACGCAGGUGGUGGUGGAGCAGAUCCCGCGUAUCAAGAUGCUGCCACCGACCACCACAACCACCACCACCACCACCGCCACCACAGCCACCACCACAACCACCACAAACAGGCCCUCGUCCACCACCACCAUCACCUCCACCACCACCACGACUACCACAGCGCCAGAGAAGGACAAAAUAGACGUGCGCCUUCCUCGAGCCCUGAGGCCGCUGCACUACCUGGUGAGGCUGCAGCCGCUCAUCAACGGCAACUUCAGCAUCCUGGGCUACGUGGAGGUGGAGAUGGAGGUGCUGCAGGCCACCUCUAACAUCACACUGCACAUCAGGGACAUCAUCACCUACAACGACACAGUGAAGGUGAUAAGAGCUGACGAUCCGUCCGGGCCAGGGAUGACUAUUGUCGCUCAGCAGUACGACAGUGAGUUGGAGUUUUACGUGGCACACUUGAAGGAGUCACUGCAGCCAGGCAACAAAUAUAUAUUAUCAAUGCACUUCAUUGGCCUGCUCAACGACAUAAUGAGAGGCUUUAGCAGAUUCUCAUAUGAUCGUGCUGAUGGAACCAAGACGUGGCUGGCGGCGACACAGUUCCAGGCGACGGACGCGCGGCGCGCCUUCCCUUGCUUUGACGAGCCUGGGCUGAAGGCCACCUUCGAGGUACACCUCGCCCGCCAGACCAACAUGACCUCACUCUCCAACAUGCCCAUCAAAGAAACUAUUCCCAUGGAGCAGCAGCAGGGCUGGCUAUGGGACCAGUACCAAACCACCGUCCCGAUGUCCACCUACCUCCUCGCCUUCGUUAUCUCAGACUUCGGAUAUCUCAAAGCCACAACCAAGGGCGAUGUGCUUUUCAAAACGUGGGCCAAAGAAUCGGUGCUGUAUCAAGCCACAUAUGCCCAUCAGGUCGGCCCGGCAAUCCUAGACCACUUCGCGGUAUAUUUCAAUCAGUCCUAUCCGUUGCCUAAAUUGGACCAGAUUGCCGUGGCGGGGUUCCCUGCAGGCGCCAUGGAAAACUGGGGUCUUGUUACUUAUGGAGAACCAGUACUCUUGUAUGAUUCUGCUGUGUCUACGCCGAUUAACAAAUUCUACGUAGUGGCCUUCGUGGCGCACGAGCUGGCCCACCAGUGGUUUGGCAAUCUGGUGACUCCUCGCUGGUGGACAGACAUCUGGCUGAACGAAGGAUUUGCUUCAUACAUCGAAUUUAUCGGUAUGCAAAGUGUGGAGCCUUCGUGGAAGGUGAUGGAGCUGUUCCUGGACCUUAAGCUACAGUCUGUUAUGCACAACGACGACGUUCAAUCUUCCCAUCCAGUCAGGAUUGAAGUCAAUCAUCCAAAUGAAAUAACUCAAAUAUUUGAUAGAAUUACGUACAGUAAAGGUUCCACAAUCAUCCGCAUGAUGAACCACUUCCUGACGGAGGCGGUCUUCAGGCACGGCCUCAGCACAUACUUGGACGCCUUCAAAUACAACAACGCCGAGCAGGACGACUUGUGGCGGCACCUGACGGAGGCGGCGCACGAGGCCUGCACACUGCCCGCCAACCUCACCGUCAAGACCAUCAUGGACACAUGGACGCUGCAGAUGGGAUACCCCGUCAUCAAGGUAGAGCGGAGCGCCGACGGCACCUCGGCCGCUGUCUCGCAGGAGCGGUUCCUGCUGGUCAAGGACGACAACUCUGACGACACGCACGACUACAAGUGGUGGGUGCCGCUUACGUACACGGGCCAAGACCAGCCUGACUUCAGCCAGACGCAGACCAAGGUGUGGAUGAAGGACUCGGAGGCGCAGCUUACCGUCACCUCCCUGCCGCCAAAGGACCACUGGGUCAUCUUCAACCUGCAGCAGACCGGCUACUACAGGGUCAACUACGACGACCACAACUGGAACCUGCUCAUCCAACAGCUGCUCGCCGACCACCGCGCCAUCGCCACCGUCAACAGGGCGCAGAUCGUCGACGACGCCCUCGACCUAGCCAGGGCAGGUCAGCUGAGCUACAGCGUGGCCUUCAAGGUGUUCAAAUACUUGCACCAAGAAAAGGAAUACCUGCCAUGGAAAGCUGCCAUCAACUCCCUGACUUACGUGAGGAACAUGUUCAAGCUGACUGGAGCGUACGGAGCACUCAAGAACUACAUGCUGGACUUGGUUCUGCCACUGUACGAUGUCAUUGGAUUUGACGACAGUCCAGACGACUUGCUGCAAGAAAGUUUUCUGCGCCAGACUAUUCUCAACUGGGCGUGUGUGCUGGGCCACCAGCCCUGCCUGGACACCGCCUACCACCUCUACAGGCAGUGGAUGCUUCAGCCACACAAUGAAAGCCUCUUCACGCCCAACGUCAAGUCGGUGGUGUACUGCCGGGGAGUGGAGAUGGGAGGAGAGGAGGAGUGGAACUUUGCCUGGAGUCACUACCUCAAGAGUAACGUUGCGUCCGAGAAGAGCAGGCUGCUGUCAGCCAUGGGAUGUACCAAGAAACAAUGGCUCCUCUCCAGAUACUUGAGCAUGGCCUUUAAUGGGAAAAGCGGCAUCGGGAAGCAGGACAGCUCGAGAGUGUUUACCGCGGUGGCGGGGAAUGAAGCGGGUCGCACUCUAGCAUGGAGCUAUCUGAGGACCAACUGGAAGAGGAUCUAUGAUUACUUCGGAGGAAAGGCAAAGCCUGGACUCAUCUCCACCGCCACCAAAGAUUUCAAUACGGAACAACAUCUGAAGGAGGUGAUGGCGUUCAAGGAGGAGCGCGGCGCGGAGCUCUCCGCAGCUUCGAGAACCAUAGACCAGGCGAUAGAAAAGACGAAAAGCAACAUGGCGUGGAUGAAGCGCAACCACAACACCAUCACCGCGUGGCUGCAGAACGAGGGUUACACUGUCCACUUGAAAAGCGCGUGACCAUUAUAACAGUAGCAAUGGAAAACUUGAGAGGUGUAACAAAAUGUAUGAAGACAUGAAAAGUAUUAUGUUUUCUUUUUCUUUUUUACAAAGAAAAAUAAAUAAAGGAAAAGUUAAACAAUAUGGACAACAUUUAUAGAUAUAUAAGGAAACUAUGCAAAUUACAAAUUGAACUAUUUGCAUUAAGAAAAUGAUGGACGAAGGCGAACAAAAAGGAUACGAAGACAAAAGUUGAAGCUCAUUUGGAAUGUUAAUUGUUCUUGAAUAAAGAAAUACAAAUCUUAUAAGGUAUAACUUUUGGCCGCUUGUGCUUAAGGUUCCAUCGACUCGGUACAAAAAUCAUACAUGAAAAAAAAUUCUUUGAUUUGUGGACAGUCAAGACGUGAUGAAGUCGGUGUUGAUUUGUUUAUCCACGUACUGCUGCGAGAGGCUUAAGUCUAAAUGUUUGGAGAAU